AUGGCGCCGGCGCUGUGGAAAACCUUCAACUUUUUCGAAGUCUCCCCCGUUCAGUUCCCAGACGGCGAACAGUCAAUCUUCGAUAGCGACGUAAGCUGCAUCUGCACAGGCUCCGAAAACCUCUUCCUCGGCACCACCGAUGGCACCGUGCACAUCCUCUCGCAGUCCUUCAAGGUGCUGCGCACCUUCAAAGCACACGACACAGGUUCCAUAACGCACAUGAGGCAGGUGGAUGCGACGUCGUUAAUCGUCACGAUUUCCGAGGAUCUGCUGAAUGACCCCGUGCUGAAGGUGUGGGCCCUGGAUAAGGAGGAAAAGAAGACCGGGGCGCCGAAGUGUCUUUCGACGGUUAUGGUGCAGAAUGGGAGGAGGCAGUUUCCGGUCUCCGCCUUCGUCGUCCUCCCCGACCUCUCCCAACUCGCAGUGGGAUUUGCCAAUGGUUCCGUCACCGUGAUCCGCGGUGACCUCAUCCACGACCGCGGUGCCAAGCAGCGAACGGUUUUCGAAUCCGAAGAACCCGUCACAGGCCUGGAAAUCCAGCACGGCCCCGUCAUCACCCUCUACAUCUCCACGACAGGCCGUAUACUAACUCUUGUUAUCUCCGGGAAGGGCCAAGGCCAACCCGCCCGCGCCCUCGAGGACCUAGGUUGCGGCGUUGGCUGCAUGACCUUCGACCACCAGACGGGUGAUAUCAUCAUAGCACGGGAGGAUGCGAUAUAUACCUAUGGUCCCGGUGGGCGGGGACCCAGCUUUGCCUUUGACAGUCCGAAAACGUCCAUAUAUACGUUUCGGGAUUAUAUUGCGUUGGUCUGUCCGCCCAAGUCGGCUUUGGCGAAAUCUGAUACGCUGCGGCGGUUUGGGGGGGUCCCAGUUGAGGAGAUCUUGACUACGUCCAUGUUUACGAUAUUGGAGCCGGACCUAAAAUUCAUUGCGCAUUCGGAGUCGCUGGCGUCUAAGGUGAAGUUUGUGUUUAUGGAGUGGGGGGAUCUGUUUAUUGUUACGGUGGAUGGGAAGGUAUCUCGAUAUCGUGAAAAGGCACUCGAACAGAAGCUGGAGAUUCUUUAUCAGCGGAAUCUUUAUAUCUUAGCUAUCAAUCUGGCUCAGAAAGCUGGGGUUGAUAAGCUGCAGCAAAAUGUCAUUUUCCGCAAAUACGGUGACUACUUGUACCAGAAAGCCGACUACGACACUGCAAUGCAACAAUAUCUUCGUGCUAUUGAUAAUACAGAACCAUCCCAAGUCAUUCGAAAAUUCCUGGAUACCCAACGAAUCCACAAUUUGAUAGAAUACCUCGAAGAACUCCACGACCAUGAAAAGGCGACCGCUGACCACACAACGCUGUUGUUGAACUGCUACGCGAAAUUGAAAGAUACGACCAAGCUUGAUUCGUUCAUUAAAGCCCCUGGAGAACUCAAAUUUGACCCAGAGACUGCCAUUGCAAUGUGUCGACAGGGUGGUUACUACGAACAAGCUGCAUAUUUAGCCACAAAGCAUAAUGAAAACGAUAUGGUGGUCGACAUUUUAAUUGAGGAUUCGCAGAAAUAUGCGGACGCAUUGAAGCACAUUGGGAAUCUAGAACCUGGUAUUGCGUAUCCGAAUCUAAUGAGAUACGCUCGCGUCCUGCUGGGCCAUUGCCCGCAUGAGACGACAAAUCUUUUCAUCGAAUAUUAUACUGGGCAAUUUCGACCCAGACGAGAACCCGAGUACCCAUCAGAGGAAAAUCAUCCCCAGCCACACGGUGGAAAUCCAAUCCAAAACCUCACUUCAUUUAUUCCUAUCCCAGGCGCGCAUUCCACUAAAGCUCCCCCUGCUCAGCCACAAUUAGCACCAGAGAUCGAACCUCCGCCUGAAUAUGAGAUACCAAAACCGCGAAACGCGUUCUCGGCCUUCGUUGACCAGCCGCAGAGAUUCAUAGAGUUUCUUGAGGCCCUGAUUAAGCACAAUAAUCUGAAAAAGGAGGAUAAGAUUGAUUUGUAUACGACUCUGUUUGAGAUGUAUCUGGAUACGGCUAAGCGGGCGAAAGAUAGUGGGGAAAGGGAGGAGUGGGAAGGGAAGGCGAAGAAGUUGAUUGAAGGGAAAGAUAUUCCCGUAUCGACAUCAAAUGUUUUACUACUCUCUGACCUAUCCAACUUCCGCGAGGGGACAAAGUUAGUCCAAGAGCAGCAGGGCCUCUGCUCGGAUAUAUUCCGCUCCUACACCUCCGCUAAGGAUACCGCCGGCGUCAUCAAGGCGCUGAGAAAAUACGGCCCACAAGAGCCACAAUUGUACAUGGAUGCUCUAGCUUAUUUCUCAUCCAGUCCGAAAAUCCUAGAGGAAGCCGGCGAUGAGCUGUAUGAGGUUCUCAAAAAGAUCGAUCACGACGGUUUAAUGGCGCCGUUACAGGUGAUCCAAGCGCUGAGCAACAAUACGGUGGUAACGAUGGGGAUGAUUAAAAAGUACCUCAGUGACAAUAUCGAGAGGGAGAGGAAGGAAAUAGCAAAUAACCGCCGCCUUAUAUCCAGCUACACCACCGAUACAGAUGCAAAGCAAAAAGAAAUCGCCGAACUAGGCACAAAGCCUUUCGUCUUCCAAGCCCGCAGCUGCUCUUCCUGCCACGACAGACUAGACCUCCCAACCGUGCACUUCCUCUGCAAACAUUCGUUCCACCAGCGGUGUCUGAACAGAGUGGAUAAGGACGCCGAGUGUCCCGUCUGUGCGCCGCAGAACGCGACGAUCAGAGCUAUACGUGAGAGGCAGAUUAAGUCUGCUGACCAGCAUGAGCUAUUUAAGAGUGAGUUGCAGCGGAGUCGGGAUCGAUUUGGGACUACCCAGUCAAAGGUGCAGAUCCGCAUACCAAGGGUCCUCGUGGGUUACCUCACAUACCCAUUGUCCAUUGCAUCGCCAUUGCUCAACAAGAUGUCAUCCAAUUUCGUAAUUCAGGACUCAGACGACUCGGAAGCAGAACUCAGCGACAUCGCUACAUCCAUCGACCCCCUCCAAGACAAUAGUACCAGUAAUAUCAAUGCCAACUCUGCAUUUACUCCUCAUGGUGCCCUGUUCUCUAGGCAACCUAAGCGAUUCGACCGUAAUGAUCAUGCACCUGGCGAAGCAUGGACUGACAAUGAUUCUUUCACUUUUCAUGGACCUCUAAACUUCGAUUCGAACGUCAGUGUCAUCUUCAGUCAAUUCAUCGCGUCGCAAUCGCAAGAUCAGACAGGAGCUGGGGAGGCUUCAUUGUCUCAGCAGCAAAGGGAGAAGGCAUGGAUUGGAGAAAGGGAAAGUGAUGAUGGAACCGGGGAUGGAGCACGUUCUAGCCCUAUGAAGUUUAGUGAGCGGGGAGUUUGUUCUUCGUCUCGGAAAAGUAUUUUGAAAAGGGGGAGGACGAUGAGUGUUGAUGACAGGGUGGAGAAUGCGGGAGUUGAAGGAAAGAAUGCCAAACGACGGCGGACAAUGGAUAUGUGGUCAUGUCAUGAUGAAGUUGGAAAGCCUGUUGAGGUUUCUGGACGGCCGGAGCAGGGUAAUGAUGAUAAUGGCAUUGGUAGCAAUGCAGCGUCUGAACAAAUUUUUGAUGCGGAUUGCUCUUCCGCUCAAGACUUAGUUACUGAAGCUACGAAUACUCCCAAUCAUCUCUCUCCUGAAGCCACAUCACAGCCUUUAGAUACAUCCGGAGCAGAAUUUCUCUCCAGAAAACUCCCAGCGGGCCGAUCAAAGUCCUCUCAGAUAUAUGAGGUUACUGGUUACGACACAGAGAUGAUGUCCUCCGCAACUCUCGCACGAGCACAUAGGAGAGUGUCGGCGUCCUUUAUAAGUGACCAGUCAGAAUCUUUGACGAAUUGCACACGUGAUGAGCUCGCGCUACCACCUAUGUUUCAAGGUGCAAUAGCAAUUAAGAAAUCAACAUCGUCAUCGACAUGGACGCAAAUGAAGGUGGCGGCUGUUGAAAGGACCACCGAAGGGAACAGUGACCGGGAUGAGUUGGAUUGUAUUGAGAAAGAUUUUGGCGAUAUGCCUCAAGAACGGUACAAGCCACGGCCAAGCGGGUCUCGAAGUAAGGUUACCGUUGAUACAAGAACGGGGGUUGACGGUGGCGCGAAUGGUCACAUUGAAGUCGUCCUUCAGCAUGAAAAUUCCUCCUCAGUUGUUCAAAACAGACAGCAAGGCAAAGACAGAGACUUUGUUGUUACACAGUUUAUUCUUGACCAAGGUGAGGAGGACCCGUUAAAUGCUUCAGUCCAGGGGGCCGGUCAUGAUUAUCCUUCAAAGCCUGAUGCAAUCAACGUAUCUGAGCCACAUGAGAUACCUAAACGGCCACGCAAAGCGGCAAAGAAGAAGGUUAAGCGGGGAAAGACUACUUCCGUAAUGAUGACGAGGGCUAUAGAAUCAGACGUUGAAGAUGAUGUGAUAUGGAUGGAUGAAAAGCCAGCAGAUGUUACUUUCAAAUACGAAAAGAUUGCAUUAAAAGGUCUGAAGAGAGCUGAAUGCUACGAAGUCAAUAACAAUCACGGCCUCAGCAAUGGCACCAAGAAUAUCAAUGAGGAUGCAGAAUCUGAAGUCAAAACGGAGGACGAAAGGGCGAUCGAAUAUGCAAAGCAAAGGGAUAUGAAUUUCCAGGAACCAGUUGAUCCUCCAGCUCCAGCUUCGGUUCCUGCACCUAAGAAACGAGGUCGAAAACGGAAGAAGACGACGGAUACUCCAACUAACGAACUGCCUCUCCCAGCUGUGGAAACCAAACCCUCGAUCGAAGAACGCAAGAAAGAUAUCCAACCUCUUACAAAACAGGACCAAAAUAUCAUCGUUUCGACAGCGGACAGAGAAUCAGAAAUAUACAAACCAAUUGCUGCUGUGAAGGGCAAGCAACCACCGCAAACCAAUGAGCAAGAUCAAGAGAACCCCUCAACAGAAGCUCAAGUGGGCACGAUAACAAUUACAGUUGCAGCGCCUCAGCCUAUCGAAACGCCCAAGAAGCCCUCAGCGGCAGUACAAAAGGGGCCAGACAAACACAGUCCCAUCACAAUAAACAAGAAGGUACCAUACCGGGUAGGCCUGAGCCGCACAGCGAGGAUAGCACCUUUGCUGAAGUUGGUUAGAAAGUAG